AUGGCCUCGUGGGAGGACGAAGCUAAUCAGCCAGCUCCUGACAUCAGCACUGAUUUUUCCAAAUUGGAUGUGAACGCGCCAGUAUUUAUUCCUGGUCAAUUAUACGGCUUUGGUACCUCUGAAACGCCUACUGUAUGGUCUGGUGCAUCGGAGACUGAGACGGUAAAUGCGAUAGGAAAGAAAAAAGAUUCUUUCCCUUCUCUGGCGGAUGCUAAUCAAUACCCUGAUGAAGAGAAGGAAGCUGCACCCCCACUCUCGGAAUCUAGACGUCAAGUAGUGGCCUGUGCCCCCCUAAAAAGUAAGAAAGAGGCGCUUAGCGUUGUUUUUAUUGGCCACGUUGAUGCUGGAAAGUCAACGAUCGGAGGACACUUACUUUAUUUGACAGGCAUGGUUGAUUCGCGAACUCUGGAAAAGUAUGCUAAAGAAGCAAAGGAAAAAAACCGUGAAACUUGGUAUUUGUCGUGGGCCCUGGACACUAGUGUGGAGGAGCGAAAUAAGGGUAUUACGGUGGAGUGUGGUCGGGCCUUUUUCGAAACCGAGCACAAACAUUUCAUUUUAGUUGAUGCUCCCGGUCAUAAGUCCUUUGUUCCAAACAUGAUUACUGGUGCCUCCAUAGCCGAUAUUGCUGUGCUCGUCAUAUCUGCUCGUCGGGGAGAAUUCGAAACCGGUUUUGAACGUGGUGGACAGACCCGUGAACAUGCAAUGUUGGUAAAAACUACAGGUGUGAAACAUAUGAUUGUCCUCAUCAAUAAAAUGGACGAUUCCACUGUGAACUGGGAAGAGUCAAGGUUUAACGAGUGCCGCGAAAAAUUGGUGCCUUUUCUUAAGAAAAUAGGCUUUAACAUCAAGUCGGAUAUCUAUUUCAUUCCCUGUUCUGGUUUCACGGGUGCCUUCUUGCGUGAUAGACCGAAUGACAGUCGCUGUGAAUGGUACAAAGGGCCUACCCUCCUGGAAUACCUCGAUAAGCUCCCACCGUUUGUCAGAUGCGUCGAUGGCCCACUGCGAAUCCCUAUUUCUGAUCGUUUUAAGGAUAUGGGUACGUACGUUGUUGGGAAAAUUGAAUCUGGAACUCUUGUUCGCGGUCAGACUUUGGUCAUGAUGCCCAAUAGGGUUCCUGUAGAGGUUCUUCAGAUCCUCAACGAUGAUGUUGAGGUUGACGGAAGCGCUGCUGGUGAUAAUGUCAAGUUGAAGCUGAAGAACGUCGAGGAGGAAGACAUCUCUCCAGGUUUUGUCCUUUGCUCACCUGAUAACCUUUGUCAUGUAGCGCAUGUGUUUGACGUGCAGUUGGUGAUAGUGGACUACAAAUCCAUAAUAUGUCCUGGUUUCACUGCGGUGAUGCACAUUCAUGCGUGCGUCCAGGAGGUUCGCUUUCGCACUAUCCUCUGUCGCAUCGACAGGAAGACCAAUGAGAAAACUGACAUUCGACCACGUUUUAUCAAGCAGGAUGAUGUUGCUAUCGUGCGUUUCGAGGCAAUAAGUGGAUCAAUAUGCUUGGAGCGCUUCAAGGACUAUGCUCAAAUGGGUCGGUUCACUUUGCGAGAUGAGGGGAAGACGAUUGGAGUGGGUAAGGUGAUGAAGAUAAUCGCCGCGAGUGAACAGUAA